AAUGCAAGUAGCCCGUUCCAGACCGCUAGAAAGGAAGUCUCGAAUUGGGGUGUGGGGACCAAUCAAGAAUCAAAGAAAUUUUCGGGAAAAUGCCGAUAUCGCCAAUCGCCACUGAAGUAUCGGUUACUGAGAGGUAGUAGCUACAGAACGCCGUUAGUAGGUACCUAACUGACCCCCCCUUGAAGCACCCCACAAACUUUGUCUUUUUUUUGUGUUCCGUUGUCGGGUUAAUCUACUUUUUAUCAAGUGUGACUCUAAAGACAAAAAAUCUAAUCUUGAACAAAUCGUGACUGAUUCAUUUUUUUUUCUUGCCAUUGAACAUUCGACGUCUCCCAGCGAAGGUGCUGGUGACUUGAGUUUGGAGGAUAUCCUGCGAUAGACUGUUUUUGGUUGUUUAAUACCCCCGAAAAGUCAUCCUUCAUUCCAUUUUCUUUCUUUAAUCCUUUCGUCGUUGACCCAUCUCCCCUCUUUCCGGCAUGCUUCGCACUCGUCAGGCCAGCCGGGCCGUCAAGGCUCUGGCUCAGGUUUCGCGACAACAUCAACGCUCCCUCACUACUUCACCCGCAGUUUCGGCGAUUCAAACUAGAAAGAAUGUACCUACUGGAGUUAGAAGUCAGGCCACUUCCGCUCAGUCAACUGCACAAGUUAGAGAUGCACCAGCUCCAGCAUUUAACGUUGCCGCUACGAAAGACCAGAGCCAUGUUCAACCCUUAGUAAAUCCAAGAGCUCCAGAAAUGGACGAAUCAUUUAUUGGGAAGACGGGAGGAGAGAUAUUCCACGAAAUGAUGCUACGGAGAGGUGUCAAACACGUUUUCGGGUAUCCGGGUGGUGCUAUCUUACCCGUGUUCGAUGCUAUUUACAACUCGAAACAUUUCGAAUUCAUUCUACCAAAGCAUGAGCAGGGAGCAGGGCACAUGGCUGAGGGCUAUGCACGCGCCUCUGGACUGCCCGGCGUCGUCCUUGUUACAUCCGGACCAGGCGCCACAAACGUCAUCACUCCAAUGCAAGACGCCCUAUCCGACGGUACGCCUAUGGUUGUUUUCUGCGGCCAAGUCCCUACUAGCGCGAUCGGCAGCGAUUCCUUCCAAGAGGCAGAUGUUAUCGGAAUAUCGAGAGCCUGUACGAAGUGGAAUGUUAUGGUCAAAAACACCGCCGAAUUACCCCGCAGGAUUAAUGAGGCGUUCGAUAUUGCAACUAGUGGACGACCGGGCCCUGUGCUUGUCGAUCUUCCCAAGGACGUAACUGCGAGCGUUCUACGAAAAGCUAUUCCCACUGAAUCAGCAAUUCCGGGCUUACCUAGUGCGGCGUCGCGUGCAGCCAUGGAGGCCACUCAAAAGCAACUACAGGCUUCUCUUAGCCGAGUGGCCAAUCUAGUGAAUAAAGCUAAGAAGCCCAUCAUUUACGCUGGCCAAGGUGUUGUAUCGUCGGUUGGUGGCCCGGAGGUCCUCAAGGAACUUGCCGACAAGGCUUCGAUACCCGUCACUACUACCCUCCUCGGUCUUGGCGCUUUUGAUGAGCUAAAUGAGAAGUCGCUCUAUAUGCUUGGCAUGCACGGUUCUGCAUUUGCUAACAUGGCCAUCCAAGAGGCUGACCUCAUCAUUGCCCUCGGUGCUCGUUUUGAUGAUCGCGUUACACUUAGCAUUCCUAAGUUUGCGCCCGCCGCUAAGGCUGCUGCUGCUGAAGGUCGAGGUGGCAUUGUACAUUUCGAGAUUAUGCCCAAAAACAUCAACAAGGUUGUACAAGCAACCGAGGCUAUUGAGGGCGACGUAGCCCAAAACCUCCGACAGCUUCUUCCCCGCGUCAACUUAACCACGAUGAACGACCGAAAAGAAUGGUUUGACAAGAUUAACUCCUGGAAGGCGAAGUGGCCAAUGAACGACUUUGAGCGCACCGAACGAGCGGGGAUGAUCAAGCCACAGAUUCUUAUCGAGGAACUUAGUAAGCUGACAGCCGAUCGAAAGGAGCACACUAUCAUUGCGACGGGCGUUGGUCAGCACCAAAUGUGGACAGCACAACAUUUCAGGUGGCGACACCCGCGAACUUUGAUCUCGUCUGGAGGUCUUGGCACUAUGGGCUUUGGUCUUCCCGCCGCUAUUGGUGCCAAGGUUGCUCGACCUGAUUCCCUGGUUAUCGACAUUGAUGGUGAUGCUUCGUUCAACAUGACCCUAACAGAAUUGUCAACUGCCGCUCAAUUCAACAUUGGUGUCAAGGUUAUCGUUCUGAACAACGAGGAACAAGGAAUGGUUACUCAAUGGCAAAACCUCUUUUACGAGGACAGAUAUGCUCACACACACCAAAAGAACCCGGAUUUCAUGAAGCUAGCUGAUGCUAUGGGUGUACAACACCGAAGACUAAUCAAGCCUGAAGAAACUGUAGAAAGCUUAGAAUGGCUGAUCAACUCCGAUGGACCAGCUCUUUUGGAGGUUAUGACAGAUAAGAAGGUACCCGUUUUACCAAUGGUGCCGGCAGGCUCAGGCUUACACGAGUUCCUCGUAUGGGAUGGAGAAAAGGAUCUAAAACGCAGAGAGCUCAUGCGCACCAGAACAUGCGGUUUACACAGCUAAUUCUGCUUUCUAUAUGGAGUUUUUAUUGCAUUCACGGGUCGAUUAUUAGCGAGUUUUAUUUUAUCUGGGAAUAACACUGAGGAGACUAAGAAAACUUUGAGGCCACGAUAAAAGGCCGAGUCCGGUACGGAAAAGGAACCGAGAAAAUGAAUUUGGCCGCGCAUUGAGUACGCAUAUUGGAGAGGCGUUACUAUGAGUAUAUGCUUGCCAUUAUUCUAUGUAAUUUAUUCAAGAAUUUAAAAUUCACGUUACGAAUACUUCCAUCCGCGCCGUGUAAAGGAGCCAGAGGUCGGGUUAAACAAUAUGGCUACCCAGAGAGAACAUGUUAAUUAUCCCUUACUUCCAUCAGACCUUCGUCCCCGUCACCUUAAUCGUAUUAUAUGGAUGUUAAGGGACAUAUGUUGUUGGACGGAUUGUACACCCGCGACUAUUUUCGGGCUUGGGUUAAUGGAUUAUUCAAUGAAGGGCUGAGAUCACAUACUUAAUCAUAAGUUCUACGACGCGUUUGGUAUUACAGUCUAUGAAUAGGGGUAAAUAAACCUCCUAGCCCGCUCUAAGUUUAUCUUGCCUUCACGAUCCGUCAUGAUAUUCUUAAUGUCUGGAAGUGGUUUAUCACAGGUUCUGCUGUGGGGGGAGAAUAAAUGUUUAUCAAUUGUUCGAUUAAAUACACCUAGGAACGAGGAAUAGGCGCCUA